AUGGACAGCUUAGGCUCCGCCCAGGGCGCCGUCAACUCUCUAUUGGGCCGACUCGGCAAUGUUCUUGUCGAUGAGACGAGACUGCUGGGUGGCGUUCGCCGUGACGUGCAGUUCAUGAGGGACGAAAUGGAGAGCAUGAACGCCUUCCUCUUCAAGAUCGCCGAUGCCAACGAAGACAACGACCCCCAGGUCCGCGCCUGGCUGAAUCAGGUCAGGGACGUGGCCGUGAGAUCUGAGUUCUUCGUCGACCGGUACGUGUACUGCCUCGACGGCACCCACGACGCAGGUUGUUGCGGGCCUUUGAGGCAUUUCGCUCGGUUGCUGGCCACUAUCCUGGCCCGCCACCGGCUCGCUACCCAUAUCCGGGACCUCACGGCCCGGGCACGAGACGUGGGCGAGCGGCGGAUGAGGUAUGGCGUUAUCGACAUGUGGAUGUGGCGCCCUGGCCCUGCUCGGCAGAUGAUCAUUCCAAUCAGCCAGCCCGAACGACGUCCGGAGCAGGAGCUGGACGCCAUCCCCGACCAGCAUCGCCCACGAGCCAUUGACAGCCGACCAUUUGGAGAGCUGGAUCAGCCUGAGGCCGCCAUCCCCGGCGAGCCUGUGCCUGCACGCGAGCAGCAGCAUCAGCGUGCCGCAUCCGAGCAUGAAGACCUCGAGAGGCGGCGCAUAUUGGCCGACGACGACUCCGACCUAUUAACGGAAGUAUCGAAGGAGCUCCUCGACCGGAUUCCGUUGAUGGACCAAUAUGUCCAUUUCCUCCAACACCGAGAGCCGAAUGUCAUCUCCAUCCUAGGGCUACGUGGUACGGGGAAGACCAUUCUUGCACGGAAAGUGCAUGAUAUGUACGGACAGUACGAUCCCGAUUGCAGCCGCACGGCCUACUGGAUCUCUCUUGGCGACGACCAGUCUAGCAAAAAGGUGCUCGAGUCCAUACUGGUGAGCAUCGCUCCUAAUGUUCCUGGGGUUGAGAACGUCAGCAGCUGGGAACAAGGCUCAAUCCUGGGCAUGAUCAUAAGGCGUCUCAACGAUACGAGGUUCUUGCUCGUCUUUGAUGAUGUUCGUUCCGAGUCACUCAUGAGCGACAUAGGAGAUAUUGUCCGCUGUAACUGUUACGCUGGUAGUGCCAUAUUGUUGGUCACAAGUAUACCUCAAGUGGCGGCCACCUCCUGCAACCCGCAGAAUAUUUUCGAUUUCAAUGACUUCCCUGAGCAGCAUAAAGAAUCUCUGAUCAACUUCUUCUUGGAGAGAGCAGUUUCCCUGGUUGCCAACAGCCAGCAAAAUGAUCUGCUGGAGGUCCUAAAGUCCAUCCUAACUAGGUGCGCCCCAUCUAUCUUUACCAUGAAGAUGCUCCUUCGUUGUCUGUUUGUCAACCCUAACAGGAACAUCGAAGAGCUGAGGGACCUGAACAACAGUUUGCAACCUUCUUCGGCGCUGAAUGCUAAUUCAAUGCUCAACUUCUGCUACCGUAGCUUGCCCAGUCAUUACAGGCAUUGCUUGGCAUAUCUUGCUAUUUCCCCUAGAAAUCACACCUUUCGAAGGACAAGUUUAACAACAAGAUGGCUUGCCGAGGGUCUAAUCAGUAGAACAGAUGUAACGUCUGCUUCAGAAGAACCAUCAGAUGUUGCCAACCGCUGCUUCGAUGCACUUUGCAACCACAGAUUUCUUCUUCCGGCUGGGGACUUCACUGGUACUAGUUUCUGGGGCAGAUUCAAGAGCUGUACAGUACAUGGCAUAGUCCGUGACUUCCUUUCCACGAUAAUGGAAGAUGAAGGUGUAGUGGACGAAGAUUUGUUCCCUGACAUGGCCAAACGUAUUUCCAUUCAAAAUGAAUUCCUGCAUGCAUGCAGAGAUCGUAGCCUGGUCGAAUCACUGGCCACGCACCCUGGUCUUCAUCUAAUUAAUGUGCUUGAUCUAGAGGGUUGCAGCGGUUUUCAAGCUAAAGACCUGAAGGUCAUUUGCACCAGGGCGCGUCAUCUCACAUAUUUGAGCCUCCGGGACACUGGUAUUUAUCAUCUGCCCAAGCAAAUCCAAGAACUCCACAAUCUGCAGACGCUGGACAUACGCCAAACCAACGUGAGGGUGUUAAACGUUGUGUUCCCUAGGCUUAAGUAUCUGCUGGCUGGAAAAGAGGCACCAUCCGGUGAAUCAUUUUCCACGGUAAAAAUGCCUGAUAUCAGUUUUAUGACAGAUAUGGAAGUGCUAUACCAUGUUGAGAUCUCCAGCCAAGAUGACGGGCUCAUUGAUCUUGGCCGACUCAGGAGGUUGAGGAAGCUGGGUGUGGUUUUCAAUAGAGGAAGGGUCGAUCUGAUGAAGUUUUUGCUUAGCCAGAUUCAGAUGCUAGAAAGCUGUCUGCGCUCGUUGUCAAUCAGGAUAAUAGAAGGCGCGACAGGGAGUGAGGCCGAGAACAGUGGCAGUGGGUACAGUUUGAUUGAUUCACAUAUGCUGUCACCUCCGAGGUUGCUUCAAACCUUAAACAUAAGAGGUGCCAGAGGUGGGCUUCCUCGUUGGAUGACAGAACUCCAUCAACUCGCCAAGAUCACCCUGCGUGAGACUUACCUAACAGAAGACGCUCUGCGCAUGCUGGGUAGCCUACGUGGCCUGCAGUGUCUCAGAUUCCUGCGAAAAGCGUUGACGGAGGGGACAAUUAUAUUCCGUGACAGCGAAUUCAAGAAACUAGUUGAUCUUUCAUUUGAAGGCAGCUACCUCAGCACAGUCAUAUUUGAUAAUGGCACAGCUCCUAAGCUCGAGAGGGUUGCUUUCAAAGUCCCAAGGGUGGCUUCUCUUCAUGGAAUCCAGCACCUCCCAAGCCUGAAAGAGCUCGAGUUUAUUGGGAAUCUAUGUGAGGAGCACAUUGUGAAGAAAGCAAUUGCAGAGCAUUCCAACCAUCCCCAUUACACUUAUUUGGACAUUGAUAUCAAGGGAAGCUGA